AUGGUCGAUUUAUGUAAUAUCGGGUCAAAUAGCGACGGUAGCAACUUUGUUGGAGUUGGUGAAAACUCGAGGCGGGUCGUCAACUUAGCGCGAAGCCCGGGUUGUUCGAAUCCUAACGGCUUAGAGGUGUCGCAAAAUUUAGUCAUCUCGAAUAACCACGACGGCUCGCGUGUAGGUGCGGGAAAUGUCGAUACCGGACCGAUACCCUUCGACAACCUUGAUUACAUUGAACUAGAAAAGGACAUGUUAGGAAACUUUAAUGUCGACAUAAUUGGUGAGUCAGAUGUCGAAGAGCUUGGCAUAGACGUCAUAGGGGACCUGGAUAGCGGCGAUUUAGGUAGCCCGCCUCGACCAUUCGAAAUUGAUAGUAAUCGAAAAUCAAAAUUGAUUUCCGAGAAUCUUCAUCAUCAAGGCAGUUCGUCGGAGGUGCCAGAGACUGUAGAAUAUGAAGGUCGCCGCCUCAAACUUGUAAUACACCCUCAAGGAGGAGAUCAACAGACGACAGUUAGCGGCGACUCAAAUUUGUUAAGUGGAACAUCAGCGCUUCAGGAUUCAUCAUCUAGUGAAGUUUCUUCAUGUUCGGAUUCAAAGUUGCUGAUCGAGGUUUGCACGCCUGCUGCACGUAAGAAAAAAACGAAAACUUAUUUAAAAGAUAUAGAUUCGUUCACAUGUGCGUCGAUGUUGAGAAUACGACGCUUUAACUCCAUAGUCGCUUCCUUAGGCCCGUUCGGGAAACUAUGCCAGUUCCCAGAAGCAGGAGAUAGAAUGCGUGCGCCGCCGAUUGGUUUUUUUACCGUUUAUUCAGAUUGGUUCAAGUGUGGUUUUAAACCGUCUACUUUGCCCGUGGUGAAUGAAUUGGUUAAGGUAACGGGACUUAGCAUAAGUCAAUUUUACCCUAACACGUUUACAAUCUUUGCCGGUUUCAUCGAGGCGAUGCGGCAAGUGGGACAACCGAUUUCUGUAGACGCGUUUCACGCGUCAUUCAUGAUAAAAAAAGGUGCUAUGAAGGGCUCAUUUUAUUUUAAGGCAAGGUCACACUCCAAAUUUCUGUUAGGUGGUAGUCGAUCACGGGGUCCUUGGGCUGGUGAUUUCUUCUUUAUGAAAGAUGACGGGUGGGACAUAUCUUCAGUAUGGGGGUCGACGAAUGUGCUUGAGGGCAGCACUGGUUCACGAGGUUCGACCUGGAAACAAUUAAAAAAGGCAGGAUUAUUUAAGUUAUCCUUAAAUGCUAAGGAGAUAGCACUUGGUGUUAAGGUGUCGGCUGAGGAGAUUCGUCGAUUGAAGUCUUCUUGUGGUGUGACGGCUCGAGCUAAUGAUCUGCCUAAUUCCUCGAGCGUGCCGUCGGGUGAUGUUGCGGGGAAAAGAAAAAGGUCAUCUUCGCCUGAUCGGGCCGAUGCAGCUCGUGAUGUUAGGCGAGGCGCACCCCGCAUUCCUUUCACAAAGAAAUCCCACGAACUUACACGUACUAACGCAUCAAAGCAGAAAAAGGAUGACGGAAGCUCGUCUUCUGGUAUUUCUGUUGGUAAAGGUCUUCUUUUUGUUAGUUCCGUCGUUGACUCUGACAUGAGCGGUUCCCUGUGGGAUGUGGAGAAUCCUCGCGCAGGAUGUAAACUUAUUCGAGGUGCCAUUUCAGACUUGGACAUGAAACGACUAGGUGCUUUUUCCGAUCUAGAUGCGGCUGAUUUCAUGGGGAGCGACAUUGCCCGGGUUGUCACUGGUUGGACCGGUCUUCGCAAGCGUCUUGAAGACUACAAGAGGGCGGUUGAUGUUAUAAAAGAUUCAGAAGAAAAGGCCGUAAAGGCAAAGGUCGAGAGUGAUGCUCGUGCAGAGAUGAUUGCUGCUGAGAUGAAGAUCGUCAAGGAAGCACAAGACAAAACAAUGGCGGCUUUAAAGAGUAUGACGGAGAAGUAUUUUGAAGAGAAACAAACCGGCGCCUUUUUCUUGGCAUCUGAUAAAGGCAAGAAGUUCCUGGAACAAAUAAGAAAACAAGAGCUGGAAAGGUACCAUAAGGAGGAAUUUGCACGAGAUGCCACUCUAGCUUCUGUUGACUUGUACGAUGAGGUGGUUCUUAUGUGCCAACGCCAGUUGAGGGAGACUGGUCGAGUGUCCGAAGAUGUCAUUAACCUACUCGGGCAAGAUAUUUCAGAACCGAGUAUAGUACCAAGUACUAAGGUGAUCCCUUUUGAGGAGUCGACUGCGAUAGAGCCACCAGUUGAUGCUACGAUGGUCUUGAAGGAUAACUCGCCUCCUAAGGAUGCGGAUGUAGAAAAAAAAGAGGCCGUAGUAUAG